AUGCAGCAGGGCCACAGCAGCAUCCAGUUUUCGCAGCAAGAACUCGAGUACUACCAACAGCUCUAUGGCAUUGCGAACCCCGCCGGAACGCAGAGCAUUGAUAGUAUUUCUGGAGGGCAGUUCCUUGUCCUGAGUGACUUGCCCCGCGAGAGUUUGCACGAAAUUUGGAAGAUCGCCUCUGCAAAUGCAACACAGGGAUACCUGCACGUGGAAGGCUUCUAUGUGGCCUGUCGACUUGUAGCUUGGGCACAAUCAGGCAUUCAGCCAGACCCACAAUGCGUAUAUCAAGAGCCACCAGUUCUUCCAGAUUUUCCAGGGCUGCAAAGACGGAGUCCAUCAGAACCAUCUGGACAGGGCUCGAGACCGCAAAGCGUUGGUGGCAGUGAGCAGUCCGAGCUGCAGCCUGUGAUUGGUGGUCGUGGAAGGCGCCAGGAGAACACGCAGCGAGCUCGUUCCUCCUCCCCUCGGACUUUCACGGUUGACCGCUGGGCACCCUCGCGCCGCGAGAAGCGGAAGUACGCGUCCCUGUUCAAGCGGACAGACUGGGACCAGGAUGGCUUCGUCCAGGGCAAUGAAGCAAGCGAGCUCUUGGAGCGAUCCGGGCUCGAAAGAUCCUCGCUGGGAAGAGCCUGGGAGCUGGCAGACCAAGAUUGCGACGGCAAGUUGGAUUUUUCGGAGUUUGUCUGCCUGGUCCAUCUCGUCACGUGCGCUCUACGUGGCCAGAGAAUUCCGGGUCCGGGGGAAGGGCUGCCUCAUCAGCUGGCGCUUUCCCUUGCGAGCCUCGAGCCACUGGAGGUUCUGGCGGCAGAGCGCGAGGCCAGCCGGAGUCGAAGCAGGAGUGCAUCACCGCACCCGUCGGUGACAGGCACACAGCUUGAACACAGAGGCGAGCGGAGGGCUCGGUCAUCAUCUCCACGCACCUUCACGGCAGACAGGUGGGCACCCUCGCGCCGCGAGAAGCGGAAGUACGCGUCCCUGUUCAAGCGGACAGACUGGGACCAGGAUGGCUUCGUCCAGGGCAAUGAAGCAAGCGAGCUCUUGGAGCGAUCCGGGCUCGAAAGAUCCUCGCUGGGAAGAGCCUGGGAGCUGGCAGACCAAGAUUGCGACGGCAAGUUGGAUUUUUCGGAGUUUGUCUGCCUGGUCCAUCUCGUCACGUGCGCUCUACGUGGCCAGAGAAUUCCGGGUCCGGGGGAAGGGCUGCCUCAUCAGCUGGCGCUUUCCCUUGCGAGCCUCGAGCCACUGGAGGUUCUGGCGGCAGAGCGUGAGGCCAGCCGGAGUCGAAGCAGGAGUGCAUCACCGCACCCGUCGGUGACGCCAGGAGAGCCUGCGGUUGCAGAGCUGCCCGACCCCUUCGCUGCUGGCGAAAGCUUCCCCAGUGUUGAGACCAAGGAUGCCGGCAAUUGGCAAAGCACGGGCUUCGAAGACACAGCCGCUUUCGCGUCAGGUUUCCAAAGCGAAGGCGGUUUUGCAUCUGGAGGCUUUCAAGAUUCGACAGCUGACUUUGGGUUUCCAGCAUUUCCAGAUGGCCAAAUCGACCAACCUUUUGAAGCUGGUGCUGCGAGCUGGCCCCAGGAGCUUCCAGAGUUCGAGCAACCGGUCUCGGCUUUUGACGACGGCGCCUUUGAGGGCAAAGAUCCUUUUGCAACCGACCACCUGGGCCUAAGCGGACCGGCAGAGCAACUGCAAUUGGUUGCCAAUUUCGACGGAAAGCUCGCAAGGAAGCUGCGAGAUGAGGUUGAUCAGCUUGAUACCGAGCUGAGGCGUUUGCAAGACGCGGAUGUAAAGCUUGAGCAGCAAGCUGCUCACGAAUCUAGGGAAUGCGAAAGGCUGCUAUCUCAGAAGCAAAUUCUGGAACGAGAACUUGCUGAAGACAAGCAGAAACUCCAGCAGCUGCAAGAUGCACGCAGCAAUGCCAACCUUGAGAGCCUUUCUUUGCGUCGCGACCGCAAUCACCUGUCGCAUGAACUCGCGUUUCUCAGACAGGUCGCUGAGAACGAUGAGGAGAUGUUGCUCAUGCUCAGACAAUCCAAUCAGUACCUGGAAGCUUCCCACCGCAACCUGGAGUCGAACUCAGAGAUGCUGAAGGAGAUUCGUAAAGAGGUUCAGGUAGAGAUUGCCAAGGAAAGAGAACAGCUCCAGUUGGAUCAGCGCCAAUACGCCGAGCUCAAGGCCACCUUGGAGCAGCUGAGCCGCCCAGGCCAAGAUCCGUCAAGUGAAGACGGACCUGGAAAAUCCCUCGCAGAUACGCUGACCGAGCGUCUAAAGCCUUUGCCGACAUCUGCGCUCCUUCCGCCGAAGUCGUUUCCCCAUCGGGAAGGAGUUUGA